AUGUCUAUCCUCCCACCGCAAGACCUACUCACCCUUCGCCAUACAGACGUCGUCACCAACAUCGAAGACAAAAUGGACAGCUUGAAAUCGGCCACGGGCCUUAGCACGGACCCGGCUCAGAAAUCGGGCGAGGAGCCGUUGUCGGGGCAGAAAGGGCAGGGGACGGUGGAGGAACCUUAUGAUCAGGGCAAUGCGGAGGGAAGCGAUGGAGCUCCGGCGAAGGAAGGCAUGACUGGGGCGUUGAAUGAUACGAAGAGAAAAGCGGAGGAAUUGGUGGGGAAGGGAUCGUGA